AUGACGGCAGCGACAGCACGAUCUACACCUGCAAUCGACUUCAACUCGCAGGCCACCUUCCCCAUCCGACUGGGACAGAGCGUGGUGAAACCUUCGGAGGCGAAGAAGUUCACGAGCAUCCAGUAUAACCAUAAGCCUCCUUUAAAGGCAGCAAAAGAUGCCCGAUACAAGCUCGAGCCGUCGUCGGACAUUUGUGAAGCACGGCUAGACCUGCGUGACGGCAAGGAUGGGUACAAGUACGGUGGAAGGUCUACUGCUAGUCAAGAGUUGUAUGCAUUGACGCCAACGGAGAGUGACGCGGGCGUGCUGGCGGCCACAUACCCGCCGUUGGCAACGGAGGCCGAAGAGGGCUUGUUCGGUGAAGACGAUGACGACGCAGGACCCGUAGACGCGAGCAACCCCUGGGACUACCGCAACUACCUGAAACAGACCUCCACUGGCUCCAGGCGUCUUGACGGUGCAGCCAAGGCACCGGUAUCAAGCAGCAGCAUGUCGCAACAGCGCGCUGCAAGCUCGAUGCCAGUGUCACGACCUUCUAAGCAAUCAUCAGGGCCACUACUUGCUCAGAAGAAACGCAAGGCUCCAGGUCUACAGAAAGCCGAUGCCAAACGUGUCAAGGCGGGCACCGAGCCGCCGCGACCAUCAGCACCGGAUGUCCCACGUGUCCGCAUUGACAGAAAAGCGUCGACGAGACGACCUUCGGUUGAUGACUCUGGCGAGCUCAUCCUCGAGAACGAAACACCCGUCACCGAGAAGCCGCCGAGGAGAACUGGAGCAAUGGCGCUUGCUCUGGGUGGUCAGCUAUCUCAGGGCCCGAUCUCCUUGCGAUCUGCGGCUAAUAGUCCAGCAAGUAUGGCUCCCUCGCCAAUGUCUGCGCGGCCGGAAGGCAUUGACGAUGGAGAAGAAUUUGAGUUUGGUGACAAUGAAAGCAGUCCUGAAGCUGUUACCAAGGUCGACUCGAAGCAACAGCAGAAGGACGACUACUUUGGCAGCGGCGAUGAGGAUGACGAAGGCUCAACUGCAGACGCUGAUGCCGACGUCGAGAACCUGGAACUACCGUCACCUGCUCAAACUCAUCAGAAAAGCACGAACAGUGCUACUGCCGACGACGAGGACGAUUUGGACAAACAACUGGCGCUUGCUAUGGCAGAGGAUGACGAGGGCGGUGGGCCGCCGCCGCAAGCGGAGAGUGACGAGGAAAGCGAAGAAGAAUGA